AAACAAGGAUAUCACAACCAAACCAUCAAGAAUGCGAGAAGAAUGUAUAAAGCGAUUUCCGAAUAAUGAAGGAGGACGGGAAGUAAUUUACAUUUCCACUGAUGUACCACCUCAAUCUCCCGCAUUACAACCAUUCAUCAAGGAAUUUCCUUGCAUAUACACGUUGAGCGAUUUUGAUAAACAACUUGAGCCAUUAAAAAUGUUGAGAAGUACCGGUGAUAAUAAAGAAUUGGGAAAAUUCCUAUUGCCGGUGGUGGAUUUGAUGGUGGCAGCAAACA